AUGUUUCAGCUGAAGCACUUUGGUCCAGAGAGGAGCUGGAGGUUUCCUCCAUCAGCUCCAGAGGCUGAAAUGAUCUGGAACUUCUUUCUCCUGCAUCCCGGACCCGUGGAGCUGCUGCAGAGAGACGAGGCCGUGCUGCGACACCUGCUGCAGCAGGAGCUGAAGAAGAACGAGUCGCUGAAGGCCGCCGAGGCCAAAGUCGCCAAACUGAGGGAGCAGCUGCAGGCGUCGGAGAGGAUCGUCAGCGCCAACAAGACGCUCCUCAGGAAGCUGCGCGAGCAGGUCCACCGGGUGGAGCAGCGGGUCUCCGUGAAGAAGACGGUGGCGGUGCGGUUGGAGCAGGAACUGUUGCAGGCUCACCUGGCCGCCGGCAGGGCGCCCAAACGGCGAGCGGACUCCAGCCGGCCCGCGCUCAGCAAGUUGCCGCGGCGUGACGCAGCGCCCCGUGGUUCUGAGCGCCACUUCGCCGAGCUCAUCGCUCAGAAGCAGCGACUGCAGCAGCUCGAGUCCGAGUACGCGCUGAAGAUCCAGAAGCUGAAGGAGGCGCAGGUGCUGCGAAACAAAGGCGUCCUGCCGGAGCUCCCCGUAGAGCCGCCGCUGCGAUCCGCCACGCCCCCGGACCCUCAGGUCCAGCUGCCGCCGCCGCAGCCCUCGCUGCACGACCUCUCCCAGGACAAGCUGACGCUGGACAGCGAGGACCCCGCGGAGGCCGAGGAUCACGAACCGGAACCUGCGCCCGCCGCUGCGGCCAGAGGCGGCCGUCGCUCCUCCUUCCGUCAGUCCAGCUGCUCCUUCACCAAACCCCACCUGGACGCCACGAGCUCGCCCAAAGACGUCGGCACCGCCGCCAAGCCCGUGAAGGCGCUGCCCAGCGGCUCGGCGGGCGUGGAGCUUCCCGCCGAGAUGUUCGCGGGGCUGGACGUGGACGCCCUGCAGCGGCUGUACAAACAGAAGACGCCUCUGGGAGAUCUGCUGCUGAUGGAGCUGCAGGUGCUGGGGGAGGACGUGGACCCCGCCCCCGCCGCACAGGUGUUUCCGGCUGAGGUGGAGACGGCGGUGAGUUCGUCGGGCAGCUCGGAGCUGCGGCCGCUCCCCUUCGGACCGUACCACAGCCCGCUGCUGGUCUUCAGGUCCUACAGGUUCAGCCCGUACUACAGGACCAAGGAGAAGCUGUCUCUGAGCUCGGUGACGUACAGCAACGCCAUCGAAGCGAAGAAGUGCUUCUGCCGCUUCGACCUCACGGGAACGUGCAACGACGACGGCUGCAGAUGGCAGCACAUGAGGAACUGCACUCUGAGCGGGAACCAGCUCUUCCAGGACAUCCUGUCCUACGACCUGUCGCUGAUCGGCUGCUCCGACAGCAGCUCGGACGAGGACGUGUGCGCCGCCACAGAGAAGUACAUGAAGAGGCUGUUCGGCUCCAACAAGGACCGCAUGGGCGUCGACCAGAAGGCCGUCCUCCUCGUCAGCAAAGUCAACGAGAGCAAGCGCCACGUCCCGCCCUACACCACCUACAAGGAUGCGAGGAGGUGGAGGCCGAAGCCAUCGACGCAAAACGACCUCGGUCCCGAGGACGACGGCAGCGGCGACGAGGGGAUGGCGGCCGGUCACGUGACACCUGGCAGAGGUUAGUAAACUGGGAGGGUUUCGCCGUUUCCUCCGUGGGAGGUCCGAGCGAGCUCACGUGUGUCUGUGCGUGCAGACGGCGGCGCUCACAGCGGCCUCUCCGCUCUGGACGCGUGCGUCACCUCGGAGGACAAACGCUACUUCAUCAGCGAGACGGACGACAUCGCGAACCUGGAGGCGAGCGUCCUGGAGAGCCCGCGAGACACUCAGCUGUGGAUCAAGCUCGCCUUCAAAUACCUCAGUCAGAGCGAGACCUCUGCGGCGGAGUGUUUGGAAGCCGCCCUGAACACGCUGUCACGCGCUUUGGAGAGCAACUGCGACAACCCCGAGGUGUGGAGCCAUUACCUGUCCUUGUUCGCCAGGCGCGGCAGCCGCGAGGAGGUGCAGGAGAUGUGCGAGAUGGCGGUGGAGCACGCCCCCGACUACAGAGUGUGGUGGAACUACCUGAACCUGGAGAGCUCGUUUGAAGGGAAAGACUACGUGUGCGAGCGUCUGCUGCAGUUCCUCCUCGCCGAGGCCUCGUCCGGCGUCACGGAGAUGCUGUCCUUCGAGCUGAUGGAGGCGCUGCUCUACAGAGUCCAGCUGAGCCUGUUCACGGGCCGGCUGGAGAGCGCGCUCGCCGUCCUGCAGAACGCUCUGAAGUCGCCUCAGGACCGGAGCAUCGCCGACCACCUGAUGGCCGCCGACCGGGCGCUGCUCUGGCUCUCCUACAUCCACCUGACGGAGUUCGACCGACUGCCGGCGUGCCUGUACGACCCCGCCGAGUCCGGCCCGUCCCGUGUAGUCAGCAGGGAGCCGUUCCUGCUGCCGUGGAGGACGCCGCGGGACAUCAGCACGCCUGCCGACAUCCUCGUCGCUCUCUUCCAAGAUGGCGUCCGUCAGUGCAGCGACGAGCACGCGUCUGACAGCGAGAGGACGCUGGCCUGCCUUCCUCUGCACACCAACCUCAUCUUCCUCUACAAGCUGCUGCAGAGGGCGGUCAGCAUGUGGCUCCACGCUCUGGCCGAAUGCCCCCACAACGCUGAGGUCUUCUACCACUGCUGCAAGUUCCUCAUGGCUCAGGAGAAGGCGGGCGCCAUCACGCCGCUGUUCAGAGGCUUCGUGCUGUCGCUUUGCGAGGACGAGCAGAGUCCGAGGGCGCCCGUAGAUGUGCUGCGGCACAUCCUGGGCUUCUCCUCUUCCUCCGAGCUGCUGGGAGGUCCCGUCAUCAAGAAGGAGCUGCCGGAGCGGCUGAGCCAGCAGAUGAGCUUCCUCCACCUCAUCCACUGUCGGUGGCAGUGGCUGCACGGCUCGGUGGAGGACGCGGCGGAGGCGUUCGAGCGCGCCCUGGGGGCGGUCACCCAGCUGGAGGAGCUUCACCGGCUGUGGAUGGAUUACCUGACGUUCAGCUGCAGCCCGCAGGCCCGCGCCGCCACCACCGCCUCGCAGUCCAGGACGUUCUCAGACCUGGUCCAGCGCUGCCUCAGCACCACCCCCUCGAGACUCGAGCGCCCCUUCAACCCCGCAGAGUUCUGGAGCUGCUACCGCUUCCACAACAAGGUGGUCGCGCUUUACCUGAGCUGCCUGCCGCCAUCCCAGCAUGCACUGGUUCUGGAGAGACUGUGCUACACGAUGCCCAAUAACACCGAGCUGGGCCUCAGGUUGCUGCACCAGGAGUGGCUGGAUGGGAACGUGGAGCACCUGAAGUUCCAGGCCCGGAUGCUGAGCGGGAACACCCCCAAGUGUCUGAGCAGCUGGAAAAUUAGAUCUGAGAUCAGCUGUUCAGAUAGGGCGUCGGCCCAUCCUGAUUGGCUUCGUCUGCUGCUGGAGGCAGCGGACGGCGGGGCCUCGGAGCGCCUUCGGCGGCUGUGGGACUGCUGUCAGCGGGCGGGGGUGAGCGUGAGCGGGGGCGUCGGCCCAUCGCUCGGCGAGGACGGCUGAUCAGACUGAUCAAUAAUAGAUCAAUAAUGAGAGGCUGUAGGUGACUGAGUGAGAGCAGACGAGGUAAGCCAGACGUCCCCCUCCCCGGCCGCUGAAGCCACGCCCCCUCCGGGAGCGCGUCGGUGUGAGUGUAAGUAUCGAGAGCUGAGUGCCGCCCUCACUCUUCAUCACCUUUCUUUAGUUCCUCACUUUUCAGUUGGAGUCAUUUCCCUCCCUUUUAUAUCUCAUUUACCUGGCGGGGGGAGGGGGGUGCUGAGGGUGUGUUUGGCGCCUGUGUGUGUGUGUCAAGAGGACGCCGCCGUCGCCUGUCUGUGGACUCUUUAGUUAAACAAACUGAGUGUUGCUGAGGCGACGCGGCGAGGAAGGGAGUGGAUGCAGAGACUGGACCGACCACCGCCGCUGUUGGCCACGCCCCUCUGAGACUCAUGUGCAAUGUGCUUUUGUUUUGUCAAUCAGCUGAUUAAAGAGUAUUAGCAGCAGAGGAGACGCGCGUCCUGCCACUGAUGUUUUUUACAUUCACCUGUUAUUAAAUUAUUUUCUAAAAUAC